AUGCAGCACCUUGCACAGGUCAUCGCGAUCGGAGGCAUAUGCACUUCGACAUGUCUGUCGUUGGUAACACCUUUUGAACGGGCAGCAAACGUGCCACCGGCCGAGUUCACUGCAAACCCCACACCUAGUAGAGGAGCCAAAUACCUAGACUCGCCACGCUUCCGAAUACACAACUACACCACAACCUCCGUUGCAAACACAGCACUCACCAACCUAGAAUUCGGCUACACUUGUUUCGUCGAAGAUCUCGGCCGGCGUUCAGCGGGCUUGACAGUCAAUGGAAGAGAACUGAGUGAUAGCCCCUACUGCAAAAUGAACGUCUAUAAUGUCGGCUCCCUGGGUGCCAACACAGCAGCCAACACAGGAACGGAGUCCACUACAGGCCUCACAUUUCUAAACGUCGUCACUCAGUACCUUACAACACCCUCUCACCGUUCACGAAUUCGGUCAUGUGUUGGCAUACACGGCAAAGUGGCGGGUGAACCAAAUUCGCACAGGUGUUUGGCGGGAAACAAUUGCGCAGUUCGUGGAGAACCUCACUCAGUCUGCGCUCAUGCUAGAGGGAAGUACAAUCAAAGUGAAAGCGACUCGCUGGUUGAUAUCAACAAAGUGAUUUCCGACUCUUUCCAGGUGAUUGUGGACGGGACUUCAGGUUCGGGAAUUAUUACCAAGCAUCUCCGUUCUCCACCUAUCUGA